AUGGGCUUACUUACAGUCAGAGUGAUCCAAUUGGCGUGUAUUGUUGUAGCAUUUCAGACACGAUGCAUUGAAGCAGUUAACAAAGAUGGAGCGGUUCUACUUUCUCUUCUCAACAUGUUCACUGCACCUCCCAACAUUUUCAGAAGUUGGAACUCCUCCGACAACUACCCCUGCCACUGGAAAGGGGUCGCCUGCCAUCCUCGUCACACGGUGAGUGCACUUGAUCUUUCUCAAGCCCAACUCUCUGGAACGCUGUCUUCAGCCAUCUGUGGUUUACACAAUUUGAAAGAGCUGGACUUGAGCUUUAACAAUCUCUCGGGGGCCAUUCCUCCUGAGCUAGGAAAUUGUACAGAGCUAGAACAUUUAGAUCUCUCAAACAAUUGUCUCCACGGGCAAAUUCCUAGCCAACUAGGUAGCAUAAAAAAUCUAAGAACUUUAUCGCUCUAUGGCAAUUUCCUCAACGGAAGCAUUCCGCUCUCCAUUUUUGGGCUUCCCCUGCUCGAUGUGCUUUAUUUGUCUACCAAUAAUUUGACCGGAGAGAUCCCGUCAAAUGUAGGGAAUGUCACCCAACUAUCCAAAUUAUGGUUGGGAGAAAAUUCCUUAGUUGGAGAGAUACCCUCCUCCAUUGCCAAUUGUGAGCAUCUAACAGAGGUUUUUCUUCAAAGGAAUCGGCUAGUUGGGGAGUUGCCACAAUCUCUGGGCCGGCUUUCAAAAUUACAAAAACUGUAUCUUACUUCCAAUAAGCUUGGAGGUCACAUACCCAAAUCACUUGGUGACUGCACAAAUCUCAUUGAAGUUGAAUUGUCCAACAAUUCUUUGAGGGGAGAAAUACCAUGGGAAUUCGCCAAGUGCAGCAAUCUCACCAUGAUUUGUGCCACCCAGAAUCAGCUUACAGGGCCCAUUCCAGCCUCUCUUGGAUCUCUGCACCGCUUGGCCCAGCUUUAUUUGAACCAGAAUUUCCUCUCUGGCGGCAUCCCAGCAGAACUUGGGAAUUGCAGUCUUCUGAAGGAGCUCAGCUUACAUUCAAACAAACUUGACGGGUUCAUUCCGCCCGAGUUGGGUCGACUGGGGCGUUUACAAAUUUUGUUCUUAUCCGACAAUUCAUUCCAUGGCCCAAUUCCUCCCCAGCUUUUCAAGGCAAGGAGCCUACGGGAACUGUAUCUCUACAACAACAGUCUCACGGGAAGAAUAUCCCCAAAAAUUUGUGAUCUUAUGCAGUUGCAAAAAUUAUAUUUGCAGGCUAACCAGCUAUCAGGCUCAAUACCUUCAGAAUUGGGUGCCAAGAACAAGUUCAGAGGAAUUGAUCUAACGGGGAACCGGCUCACAGGGACAAUACCUCCAACUCUUUGCUCUUCCGGAAGUUUAGAUCUUCUAGUCGUGGGACAUAAUCAGUUGGAAGGGAACCUUCCUCCAGAGAUUGGUCGAUGCCGGAGCUUGAGGCGAGUGAUACUGAGCCACAAUAAUCUUACAGGAGUUAUUCCUUCAGAUUUUCUGGGCUCCAAUUCUAUCAUUGAUUUUCUAGACAUGAGUAAUAAUAAGUUGCAAGGAAAAAUACCAAGGAGCCUUGGUCACUGUAAAAAUCUGAGCUCCAUAGACCUGUCCAUGAAUCAACUGAAUGAUAGCCUUCCUGCAGAAUUAGGACAACUCUCCAAGCUACAGAAGUUGAACCUCUCCUCCAAUGCUCUGACUGGUCCGCUUCCUCAGGAGCUAGGUAAAACUUCUCUCUUGUUUUCGCUGGACUUGAGUUUUAAUUCAUUCAAUGGUUCUCUGCCGGACCAAUUAGCCAGUCUACGGAAAUUGCAGAAUCUAGUUUUAGAAGGCAACCGUUUCGGCGGAAGCAUUCCAGCUUGGUUGUCCGAUUUGGGACAAUUACUGCAACUAAAUUUGGGGCAAAAUCAAUUCCAAGGUCAAAUUCCAUCAUCACUAGGAAAUCUAGGAAAUCUAGAUAUUAGUUUAAAUUUAGGCAAUAACAGAUUGACUGGAAAAAUUCCAGAGGCCCUAGGAAAUCUAAAUAAACUAGAGAAAAUGGAUUUGUCAUCCAACAACCUGUCCGGCAUCAUUCCAUCUGAACUUGACAGUCUUUCGUCCCUCGAGUCAAUCAACAUCUCCAAUAAUCAGCUCAAGGGAUGCCUACCCAAGUCAUGGUUGAAGCUAGGCAAUUCGUCUUCAGUUUCAUUCGCUGGCAAUCCAGAUCUGUGUGCAAGAGAGAACCAGGGGAGUUUCUGUAAAUGCAGGGGGGAUUUUCCUCUCAUUACUAAAGAAAGCAAAGGUCUGGAUGAAGCCUAUAUAGUCCUAAUUGUGAUUGGAGCAGUUAUGCUCUCUUGUUUCCUAGGAGCUGUGAUUUCAUGGAGACUUCAAUCCCCCAAAUCUGGUGAAGAAGUGCCAGCCGGACUACAAGAAAUAUUUCAAUUAACGGAAAAUCUAAGUGACAAGUAUGUAAUCGGUAAAGGGGGCAAAGGGGUUGUUUACAGAGUGGAGCUACCUUCCGGUCAACGGUUCGCUUUGAAGACGAUACAGUUAAAUCCUAAACACAAAGAGGAGCGGAGCAUAAGAAGGGAGUUCAAAACAGCCGGGCAAAUCCGUCACAGGAAUCUGGUCAAACUGUUUGAAUUAUGGCAAAUGAAAGAUCACGGGUUCAUUCUAUACGAGUACAUGUCCAACGGGAGUCUGAAUGAUGUGUUGCACGAGAUGAAACCCCCUCAAGUUUUAGGAUGGGAUAUCCGUUACAAGAUUGCUAUUGGUACAGCUCAUGCGCUAUCAUACCUUCACCAUGACUGCAAGCCGGGUAUUGUACACGGUGAUAUCAAGCCCUGCAAUAUACUGCUGGAUUCAGAUAUGGAACCCCAUAUUUCUGAUUUCGGGAUUGCUCAACUCAUGGACGGGUCACUCACUGCUGAUUCUUCCUCAUUAAUAGGUACUUUGGGCUACAUUGCACCUGAACGUGGACAGUCAAUGAGAAUGACGGAGAAGAUGGAUGUUUACAGUUAUGGCGUGAUGUUGUUGGAAUUGAUAACGAGGAAAAAGGCAGUGGAUUCGAGUUUUGCAGAGGGGAUGGAGAUUGUGAGAUGGGUAAAAUCAUACAGUGGAAGGGAAUAUGUAGUCAUUGAUGAAGGGCUUGGAGACGAAGCGACAGAAUCAGCCGUGAAAGGAGACAUGGUGGGCAUGGUUAGAAUUGGCCUGAAAUGUACAGAGGAUAAUGCAAAGAACAGGCCCUCAAUGAGAGAAGUGGUGGAGAUGUUGAGAGCAAUUAGGCCCCAGAAAGACUUUUUAAAUUCAGAGUUGGGUUUGGCAAUGUCUAAGUAGUGUGUCGCAAACAUAGUGCAGCAUUGAUUUUGAUUUUAACGGGUUUAGGAGUGUUUACUAUUGUAAAUUGUUUGUGUAUGCUUUUGGAUUUGAUUGUGUGAGUUUUUUAUAAUGUUUGGGAUGAUUGUAGAUUGUGUAUGGAGCUGAGCUUUUAUUAUUGUA